GAUGCCGUACUGGGGCGCGGACGAUGCCGUGGCGGAGCUGCGCCGAGCCCUGUCCAACCGCCACGCGCAGGCCGACCGGCUGCGCUACCGCAACGUGCUGCUGCGCGUGAUCCGGCGCAUGACCCAAGGCGUGGAUGUGUCCGGGGUUUUCAUGGAGAUGGUGAAGGCCAGUGCCACGGGGGACAUCGUGCAGAAGAAGCUGGUCUACUUGUACAUGUGCACGUACGCCUCUCUGCAGCCCGACCUAGCGCUGCUGGCUAUCAACACCCUGUGCAAAGACUGCUCCGACCCCAACCCCAUGGUCCGAGGCCUCGCCCUCCGCAGCAUGUGCAGCCUCAGGAUGCCUGGCAUACAGGAGUACAUCCAGCAGCCCGUUCUGAAUGGUCUGCGAGACAAAGCGUCCUAUGUGAGGAGAGUAGCUGUUCUUGGCUGUGCAAAGAUGCAGAAACUCCAAGGUGACACCGAAGUGGAUGGCGUGCUGGUGAAUGAGCUAUACAGUUUGCUUCGUGACCAGGAUCCCAUUGUAGUGGUGAAUUGUCUGAGGGCUCUAGAAGAGAUUCUGAGGCGGGAAGGAGGAGUUGUCAUCAACAAGCCCAUAGCCCAUCACCUUCUCAAAAGAAUGUCUGACUUAGACCAGUGGGGACAGAGUGAGGUGCUGGCCUUCCUGCUGCGCUACAAACCCCGCAGUGAGGAAGAACUCUUCGACAUCCUCAGCUUACUAGAUGGGUCCCUCAAGAGCAGCAGCCCCGGUGUUGUGAUGGCAGCCACCAAACUCUUUCUGGUGUUGGCCAAGGACUUCCCACAGGUACAGACAGAUGUACUAGUUAGAGUGAAGGGACCACUGCUGGCGGCCUGCACCUCCGAGAGCCGGGAGCUCUGCUUCGCUGCCCUGUGUCAUGUGCGCCAGAUCCUGGGAAGCCUGCCUGGCCACUUUAGCAGCCAUUACAAGAAGUUUUUCUGUUCCUACUCGGAGCCCCAUUACAUUAAAUGUCAGAAGAUGGAAGUGCUGUGUGAGCUGGUGAAUGAUGAGAAUGUGCAGCAGGUGCUGGAGGAGCUGAAGAGUUACUGCACUGAUGUGUCAGCCGAGCUUGCCCAGGGGGCCAUCUUCGCCAUAGGCAGCAUUGCCAGGACGUAUACAGAGCAGUGUGUGGGGAUUCUAACGGAGCUCCUAGGGCUUAAGCAAGAACAUAUCACUUCAGCUGUGGUGCAGGCUUUCCGGGACCUGGUGUGGCUUUGUCCCCAGUGCACUGAGGCUGUGUGCCAGGCUCUGCCCAGCUGUGAGGAGGCCAUGCAGGACAGCGAGGGCAAGCAAGCGCUGAUCUGGCUCCUGGGAGUGCAUGGGGAGAGAGUUCCCAAUGCUCCCUAUGUUUUGGAGGACUUUGUCGAGAAUGUGAGAUCGGAGACGUUUCCAGCAGUGAAGAUGGAGUUGCUGACAGCUUUGGUCCGACUCUUCCUGUUUCGUCCUGCCGAAUGCCAGGACAUACUCGGGCGACUGCUCUAUUACUGCAUAGAGGAAGAGACUGAUAUGGUGGUACGGGACCGGGGGCUGUUCUACUAUCGUCUCUUACAAGCUGGCGUGGAAGAAGCGAAGCAAGUGCUGUGCAGCCCCAAGUCUGAUCCCUCUCUGGGACUCCUGGAGGAUCAGGCUGAGCGACCUGUGAACAAAUGGGCUUCAGAGUUUAACACGUUGGUGCCCAUAUAUGGGAAAGCGCGCUGGGCAGUUGUCACUGCUAACUGGGCAACGGAGCCGCGCUGCGGAGGCUUUCCCUUUGCUGCUCCGAUGACUGCAGGAACAGAGUCACUAAUUUCAGAAGGGAAUAAGGAAGUUCUCCAGGUUCAUUCCGACUCGGCUGGCUUGACUUUAAUCCCCAAGGCCCACCUGACUGCAGAGCAGUUUGAGAAGACCUGGCUGAGUCUGGAUGUGAACUGCCAGCAGGCUCUGCCCUGGCAUGGAGCUGCUCACCCAGACACCAUACAGACUGCGCUUCAGGUUGUCCACAUCCAGACUAUUGCUAUGAGUAAAGCUGGCGCCCAGCCAUGGAAAGCCUAUCUCAGUGCCCAGGAUGAGUCUGGCUGUCUCUUCCUAACAGAACUGCUGCUUGAGACCGAGAACUCAGAGAUGCAGGUUUCCGUGAAGCAGAGUGAGGAGAGGACUGAGGUGCUGCAACACUUUAUCUCAGUGUUAAGAACUGUAAUGGGGACAGUCCUAGGGCUGAAAUCCUGAUUCCUCUAAGCCCUGCUCGGAGCAGGCUCACUCGGGGUGUAGGGAAGAUCUUUUCUACGGCUCAGCGUGGCGUUACUGAAGUUAAAUUGCUCUUCUUCUAAACUGUUUGUAAGAGCCUUGAACAGCCCCCGAUCUGCCUUAGUGCUGCCAUUAGUGCCAGUGGGAAUAGUGUGUGGCCCAGGGGCAGCAUAAGGUGUGAGUGUAGCUAGUUUCUUCACAUACUGCAUUAUAACAGGUGCAUGGGAAAGAUUCAAAAUCCAUCAAGGUCUCGCAACUCUGAAGGCUGGGGGGAUGGAUCAUCAGUCUGGUGCUUCUGAUGGGGUUACUGAAGCAGAAACAACUCCAGUGCUAGUUACAUGAAUAAAAGAAAGAUUUAAUAUUGGAGUCAGAUCUCUCUAGAGAGGACUGGGAAUGUUGUUUAUACCUGUGCUAGAGGGGCAUGCAGUGUAUAUACUCGACGUGCUGCCAUAUGGAGUAUGCAGUGGAGACAGACCCUUAGUGUUCCUCUUCAGGGCUCCGCAGUAAACUACAUGCAGGCUUCUCUCUGUUCAACCACCGCUCCUUGGGGCUGGGCUUAUUAACUUCAAAAUCCCCAAAUAAAGUCUAUGAAGUUCAA